AUGACCUCAGGUAACAUAAUUGUAACAGGAUUUGGCCCAUUUGGUGACCACGCAGUGAACGCAAGUUGGGAGUCUGUUAAGUUAUUACCGCAAGAAGUCGAUGGCUACACAAUUAUAAAGGAAGAAAUAUCAGUAGCAUAUGAGACCGUUGACAAAAAAAUUCAUCUCAUGUGGAAAGAAUACAACCCAGCAUUAGUUAUUCACGUCGGUGUUUCGGCCCUUGCGGAUAAAAUUACUUUAGAGACUUGUGCCCAUAAGGAGGGGUACACAAGACUUGAUGUCUUUGGCCAAAAGCCGGUCAAAGGAACUGAAUGCUCAGCCCAAUGUGCGGAAAAAUACCUAAAAGCGGGCAUCAAUGUUAAUGAUAUUUGUGAGCACUUGAACUGCAAUGUUUCAACCAAAGCUUGCGUCUCUGAAAAUGCUGGAAGGUAUCUCUGUGAAUACGUAUUUUAUACAUCUUUAAGCAUUGAUAAAGACAAAGCUAUGUUUAUUCAUGUCCCUCCACUGGGGCAACCUUAUUCUGCUGAAGAACUGGCUAGUGGUAUUUUGGAAGUGAUCCGGUGUGCCCUCAAACAGGCAACUAAGAGUAUUAAACAAUCGUAAUUGUGUAAUAAAAGUUGUUAUUACUUAAAUCAA